AUGAUUAUAAAUUUGGUAACCUUGUCGAUUUAUCUACAAUUCACAAUGAGCGCUGUCUUGGAUCCAGCCUUAUAUCUAGUACCGAGUCCACCGUUCACAGAAAAAUCUCCAAACGAGAAAUGGUCAAGAUCUGAUGAUCACAGAAUAGAAAGGGAUACGUCCACGGAAUCAGCGCCAGCGAGCGGUUGCGUUACAAAUAAAGAGAACAGUGAAGAAGUUAUGACGACAUCUGAAACAUUCUGGCCUUUCGUUCGAUCAGUGAAUUAUGGUGCGACGAUCCACGUGCCUCUGUCUUUCAGCUUAUCCGGAACUUACGGGAGACCAGCGCCCGGAUCGGGUAUAAUCAGUAAUACGUAUGCAGCUAUUUCUGGACUCGCGGGCGGUGUACUCAGUAAAUCUGCACUAGCUGGAAACGGUUACAGUGCCUACGUACCGGGAUCCGGAGCUGUCAGAAUAUACGGGGGCGACAACCAACCGUCUUGGGGUGGUUGGGGAAAUGGCAAAUGGGGACAUUACGGAAAAGGCUAG